UAUGGCUGCUGUUGAUUUGGCUGCUGUUGAGGCUGAGGAUAUGGCUGCUGUUGAUUUGGCUGCUGUUGAGGCAGAGGAUAUGGCUGCUGUUGAGGCUGUAGUUUUUAGAAAAUAUUUUCUACUUUCUAGUGAAAAAAAAUUAAAACUAGAUACUAACAAACUGUUGAUUAUAAUUUGGAGCGGAAGGAUUAUAUGGUGGAGGAGCCUGACUAUCAGAAGGAGGAUAGGAAGGUUUUUUAUCAAAAUUAUAGCUCAUGUUGCUGGCUUUCCUAGUUAUGAGUGUCGCGCUAGGGAGUAUGGUUAUAAAUAUGACUCAAAACCCCACCUAGAUAGACAGAGCGCGUAA